AGUACAGUUCACAAUCAGGACAUUUUGGUUUCAUGCGGAAGUGAGUGACACGUUUAUAAUGGCAACAGGAGCAGAUCAAGCUGUUGGUUUUGGACUUGUUGGUUUUAGUCUGUUGCUGUUUAUGUAUUACACCAUUUGGGUCAUAGUCUUGCCUUUUGUAGACAGUGACCACGUGAUCCACAGCUAUUUUCUUCCACGAGAAUAUUCAGUCAUACUUCCUGGAGUUGCAGCAUUAAUCCUCUUACUUUUUGUUGGCACCUUCAUAGGGGUGGUAACAUGGAAGAAUCGAAAACCUAAGAAAGUGGAUUAAGACCCUGCAGGCUGUUGUGAUUCAUCUGGUCACAGGAACGAACUGUGUUGAUUUCACUCAUGGACACAGCCGCGUGAAGAUCAACUCCAAAGCUGCUCUUCUGAAUUCCAAUUAUUAGACAUGUUAAGGUGGUUCUUAAAAAUAAUAAUAAUAGAUUUAAUUAAUAGCCAAAGCAGUACUGAACAUGUAGCUGCGUAGUAGUCUGUUUGACCUUUGUGUACCCAAUGGCCACAACCUUGACUGAAGACCACAAUACCUGUCACAUGUUUCGCUUUGGAGAAUUCUUUCCAUAGUCAGGGAGAUGAAAGCUAAUUACGGCACCUAAGAGAUGGGGUAGAUUUAUGUAAAUUGUUUAUCUGGAAGACAUUGAAAUGGAAUAUGGGAUUUCUCUUUUUGUUUAGUUAUGGUUUAAGUUGAGGCGAUUCAGCUAUUCUUUUAUGUUGUAAAUAGAUGCAUUUAUAAACUGGAGUGCUUGAUUCUAGCAGCAGAAUAAUUCAGGACAACAAUCCAUAAAGAAUGAGAAAGACAAUAAAAGACAAUAUAAAUUAUCCCACAUUAAAAUGAAUAGAAAUAUGCGUAACUUUAUAGAAUGUUGUGCUGGUUUCUCUCUUAUUUUAUAUGUAAAGCAUAUCUAUCUAUCUAUUUAUUUAAAUUAGGGGUGCACGAUAUAUAUGUAAAUUCCAUCAUCUGCGUGAUUUUACAUAGAGCAGAUGUUACUACACAGAGCCGUUGCUAACUGACAAGCUGCGCAAAUCCAAGCUGACACCCCUAAUUUACAUGUGUGCAUAAGGUUAUUUUAAUUACUUUAAUGUGUUGUAAUGAGUUUGCUGCAGCUGCUUUUUCCAAGUUCUGUUUGGCAGUUGAGAGAGAAGAGUUAACAGUGCAUCCUCAGGCAACAAAGAGGAUCGUUUGGGCAACCACUAACUCUUGACCCAUGCUCUCAUUUACUUAGAUAAAUUUAUUAAAUUUAAUGUCAAAUUGUAGAUUUAGAUUUAGAACAUUUUUGUAUUUAUUUAUAUGAGACCCAGCUGUAGGGUUUUUGUCUCUGUAGUGGACUUUAUUUAGGGAAUUUCUCGUAAUCUAUGAAGAAACCGGCGAGAGCCAAUGAGCGUUUGAUAUUGCUGCCAUAAAACUUGUAAAACUUCUUCAAAGCUAUUUUUUUUAUUUUUACUAUAGCUACAGAGGAAGGGGAUACAUAUUGCAGAUGAAUUGUUUGAAUUUGAAUCUGUUCCUCACACCAAGCAUCACAUGGAUAUAGAGAAUUUAAAUAAUAAAUAAGAUCCUUUUAUGAUCAUUUUAUUUAAUGCUUGUGCAUGACAGCAUACUAAUAAAAAUGGU